AGGUUUGUAUCUAUUUUAAAGGUGUCUAGUCUUAGCUAAUUCGUUGAUUUACUGACCUAAAUGUAUUGAUUUAUUGACAGGUCUUAACUCACAUUAUACAGACCUCUUGCGAGACCCUUACCCAUGUCAGAGUGCGGUCGCUUUCCCACCCAAUCAAAGCCGAGUAUAGCUCCUCGAAACAACACACUUUGGCGACAAUUGGAUACCUGGCUUGUCACUCAUAAUUUAGGGCGUUGAUGAACAAUGGCACGAAAGGCCACAAAUGAGAAUUGUUUAGUGCUUAUCAGGGAUCCUUGGGACAUAACCGUUCCUCUCACCAUUUUACAUGUCAACUUCAAUUGGGGCAACAUCAAUGUCGUGACGUGCCAAGCAUCCCGAAUAGCUUUACGCCAAAUGAUAAUAUCAUGCGUUUGUACUACGGUUAGCUGGCUGUCAACAGCAGUAGAUAGGAAGAGUUAGACUAACGUUUAUAUAGAUAUAUAUUUUUUAUUUUUAAAUGACAAUCGCGUGUUAAAUAUGCAAUAUCUCGUUACCAGAUGUGCAAGGUAUGACGCUUUUAUAUCGUUGUAUUUUCGCAAUAUGUUUUUAGCAAGCGAGCUAACUGACGUUAAUGUAACUGUUACUAUCAACGAAUAGCAUGCUAACUUUAGCUAGCUACAGUACCUAACGCCAAAACCAAUAAUUGGCAUCGUUUAUAAGACAUCACGAGUUACACGUAUAAAAGGUUAACUCUGUCAAUCCUCACAUGCUGAAAUCCCCCAUUUACUAGUUUUGAAAGCAGUUUCAAUGCACAGUUGGGAGUAGACUAUAAUGCAAUAUCUGUGGUAUGUCAUCAGCACUGCACUCCUCGUAAAUAGCUUUGUUUUGGUUAUUUUUGACAACAACAGAUUCUCCCUCUCCUGUAUAGGGUAUUGGUAGGGCCAGGAGUUUUUCCUAGACUUGUCACUUGAUCAGGAAACGCUAUUGGUCCUUGGUUAUUACAUAUGUUUUUCUGACAACCAAAAAAAAGUGUAUGACUUAUCCUACUACAACUCACCGAUUAUAUUAUUAUUGUUUCAACAAGGGCAUUGCGGAUGUAUUAUCCUGAACUGGUGCCCAGCGUGACUGUUCUGUACUCCGAUAUCGAAAAUAUUCCCAUCGGUGAAGUAAUUUAGUGCUCCUACAACCACAAAACAACCAUGGAUACCUACGUAGCCAUCCAUGGCAAGAACAUAUCCCACAAUCCCCUCUCCUCCACCCAAGCCAUGUCUAUCGACAAGCUCUUCCCGGCUCUCCUGGAGUGUUUUGGGAUCAUCCUGUGUGGAUACAUCGCCGGUAGGACAGACAUAAUCACCUCCUGUCAAGCUAAAGGAUUAGGGAACUUUGUGUCUAAAUUCGCCCUCCCGGCGCUGCUCUUCAAGAACAUGGUUCUGUUGGACUUUAAUAACGUGAUCUGGUCGUUCCUGUGGAGUAUCCUGAUAGCCAAGGUGUCCGUGUUCGUCCUGGUGUGUGUUCUGACGCUAGCCGUGGCCAGUCCGGAGAGCAGGUACAGCAAGGCAGGACUCUACUCCAUCUUCGCUACGCAGAGCAACGACUUCGCCCUGGGGUAUCCCAUUGUGGACGCCCUGUACAGGAACACAUAUCCAGAGUACCUGCAGUACAUCUACCUGGUGGCUCCUGUCUCCCUGAUGUUCCUCAAUCCCAUAGGAUUUGCCUUCUGUGAGGUCCAGAAGUGGAAGGACCACCCAGAGAGACAGCAGGGCAAGUUGCAGAUCGUCAGAGUGGUGCUGCUGCAGGUCAUUUCAUCUUGCCUUCUUCUGUGAUCAAUAGUUUUUUCUUUGUUUUGCAAAUUACAUUAAAUGGUGCUUUAUUCUUUAUUGGACUAGGAACAUAUUUAACAUUCAAUAAAAGUAGUAAAUACGUAGGAUUUUGUAACAAAGAAAUUAGAGUGAAAGGAUCUGUGUAUCUGUUAGCUAGCUGUGAUGAGAAUGGAAAAACAUCUUAAUAUCACAGUGAAUAAUAAAGGCUAGAAAACAUGGUGUCAGGAUGUGUCUUAGGGGGUUGGGUUUAAACAUGGUGUCAGGGUGUGUCUUAGGGGGUUGGGUUAAAACAUGGUGUCAGGGUGUGUCUUAGGGGGUUGGGUUAAAACA